GGAGAGUCGUGGUUAUCGUGAGACCAACCGGGUGCUGUCGUGAGGGGAACGGGGGACUCCUGGCUGUCGUGAGGGGAGUGGGGGGACUCGUGGUUAUGAAUCCGUUCCUGGAAAUGAGGACAGACCCCUGUGGGCAGAGGCUGCGAGGGUUGGGGCCACGUUGUUCCCUGAGCUGACACACGAGGAGGGAGAUGACGGAUGGCUGCGUAGAGACUGAGCUGAACACCUGGAAAGGGGGAGUCUCUGGAGGAGAGACCCAGCCCUCUGGCCCUGGGUCCUCUGGAUAUCACAGGGCCAUGGAUUUCCCUCAGCACAGCAAACAGGUGCUGGAGCAGCUGAACCAGCAGCGGCAGCUGGGCCUGCUCUGUGACUGCACCUUCGUGGUGGACGGCAUCGACUUCAAGGCCCACAAGGCCGUGCUGGCCGCCUGCAGCGAGUACUUCAGGAUGCUCUUUGUGGACCAGAAGGACGUGGUGCACCUGGACAUCAGCAACGCCGCAGGCCUGGGCCAGGUUUUGGAGUUCAUGUACACGGCUAAGCUGAGCCUAAGCCCCGACAACGUGGAGGACGUGUUGGCCGUGGCGGGUUUCCUGCAGAUGCAGGAGGUUGUCAGCGCUUGCAACGCUCUCAAAUCCCUCUCCGUGCCCCCAGAAAAUCCCCCUGGGAGCCAGCAGCCCCCCGGGAUUGGAGCAGAGAAGGCCGUGCUUGAUGACAAGACCUCGGUGGCAGAAGCACUGGGGGACCUUGACAAAGUCCAACCGGCUCCUCCCGACGCCGAGGGGAAGGAGGAGAAGCCGAAGGCUGCGGCACAGCCCGAGAUGCCAGCCGAGCAGCUGCCUGGCCAGGAAGGGACAGAAUCUGCCAUCCAGGAAGGUUCCAAGGCCGAAAUUCCCGGCCUCCCGCAGCCGUCGGAGAGCGUGGUGGGCAGUGGAAGCCCCACGGCGAGGGAUGGCACCGGAACAGGAGAGAUGAAGCUGGAAAGGAAGGAGGAAGAGGGGGAGAUGAUGGUGGAGGAGGAGGACGAGGCUAAAAUCCCCGAGGAAGAGCCGCCCCAGUUGGAAAACGGAGAGAACGCCGAGGAUAACGAGUCGGGGAGCACGGAUUCCGGGCAGGAAAACUCGGGAGAGCCCCGGCUGCUGCGCUCUGGGACCUACAGCGACCGCACCGAGUCCAAGGCCUACGGCUCCGUCACACACAAGUGUGAGGACUGCGGGAAGGAGUUCACCCACACCGGCAACUUCAAGCGGCACAUCCGUAUCCACACCGGGGAGAAGCCCUUCUCCUGCAGGGAGUGCAGCAAGGCCUUCUCCGACCCGGCCGCCUGCAAGGCCCACGAGAAGACACACAGCCCACUGAAGCCCUACGGCUGUGAGGAAUGUGGGAAGAGCUACCGGCUCAUCAGCCUCCUGAACCUGCACAAGAAGCGGCACACGGGGGAGGCCAAGUACCGCUGCGAGGACUGCGGGAAGCUCUUCACCACCUCGGGCAACCUCAAGAGGCACCAGCUGGUCCACAGCGGGGAGAAGCCCUACCAGUGCGACUACUGCGGGCGCUCCUUCUCCGACCCCACCUCCAAGAUGCGGCACCUGGAGACCCACGACACCGACAAGGAGCACAAGUGUCCCCACUGCGACAAGAAGUUCAACCAGGUGGGGAAUUUGAAGGCUCACCUGAAGAUCCACAUCGCAGACGGGCCCCUGAAGUGUCGGGAAUGUGGGAAGCAGUUCACCACGUCAGGUAGCACAGGGAUGGGGGGUCUGGAUGGUCUGGAGGGGACAGGGGGUGCUCUGGUGGAGGAUCAGAGCCCGAGGAAAGAUUUCAUCUCAGGUUUAAACCUCUCCCUGUGGUUGUGCUGUGUGAAUUGCUUCAACCGGGUGGACAACCUGCGCUCCCACGUGAAGACGGUGCACCAGGGCAAGGCCGGGAUCAAAAUCCUGGAGCCCGAGGAAGGCGACGAGGUCAACAUCGUCACCGUGGCCUCCGAUGACAUGGUGACAUUGGCCACCGAGGCUCUGGCUGCCACCGCGGUCACACAGCUCACGGUGGUGCCCGUGGCGACCGCGGUGACGGCGGACGAGACCGAGGCACUCAAGGCUGAGAUCACCAAGGCUGUGAAGCAGGUGCAGGAGGCAGGUGAGCUGGGAACAGCGGGAAUGGGAACAGCGGGAAUGGGACAGCGGGAAUGGGAACAGCGGGAAUGGGAACAGCGGGAAUGGGAACACACAACCAUCCCCAUUUAUAACUGA